CCUCCGCCUCCUCCUAAAUCUGGCGAAUAAAUAAGCUGGCGGGAGAAAGCAGUCCAGAGAGAGAGAGAGAGGAGAGGAGGGGGAAACAGAGGAAGAAAGGUCAAGGCAACGUCGCGGAGGAGGGAAGAGAGACUGAGAGAGGGGCUGCUUCUUCUGGUUCCCAGCACCGUCAGGGGAGAUUCUUGUGUCGGAGGCGUAUCGGGGAGAGCAAAGCUUCUUCCUUUCUUGACCUCUCGUGGCAGGUUCCAUGGAGAGGGACUUCCUGGGCGCGAUUGGCAGGAAGGAGAAGGACGGCGAGGCGGUGGAUGGGGAGAGCAGAACGGAGCCAGAUUAUACGGGAGGAGCACCGGCGAUGCAGUGGCAGUUUCCGGCAAAGUCCGGCGCCGCGCCGACGGUCAUGUCCUUCAGAACGGCGAAGGAGAAUAACCGUAAGGAGUUCUCCAUCUCCGGCUUCCGGCAGGCAGUGGCGACGGCGGCGGCCGCCGGAGAUGCCUUCGACGGCAUCAAGAUGCGCGCCUCCUUGCCUGUGAUGCCUCAGCAGAGGCAGUUUGGGCUGGACACUCGAGUCACCGCGCAGCAGUAUGCCGCCGUAGCGCACAGGCAGCACAUAAUCUCGGGUGGAUCCAGGAUGGUUCAACCUUUGUCAUCGCGCCAUCCUGCGCCGUUCGAUCCGGUGAAUCCUGCACUCGGGAUGCUGAGCCUCCACAAUGCUGCCGGUAGCUCGUUCAAGAAUCAACCUUUCACCGCGAGCAAUGCGGUCAACGGUUCUACUGUCGGCAUGUAUGGCGUAAGGAAUCAGAAAUCGACACAGUUGACAAUAUUCUACGGUGGUUCGGUGAAUGUAUUCGAUAACGCCCCAGCAGAGAAGGUUCAAGAACUUAUGCUGUUAGCCAGCAGGGCAUCUAUUCCAAGCCCACCAAGCGCUGCCUGCAAACCGAAUUCGCCUGUUUCCGCCCCUGCAAAGGUCAACGUGCCUGAGGUUUUGCCUGCGAGGCAGAUUGUGAUUCAGAAACCAGAGCCUUCUGUGCCUCAUUUAUCGAGCAUUUCAAGUCCAGUACCCGUCGUGUCACAAGCUGUGACACUCCCCAUGAGCACGUCUAGCUGUAAUCCAGAGUCUACCGGGCCGAAAACUCCUGGUCUACCAUCGGUGGUUACUCCCAUCAGUCAGUCUUCCCCAUCGGUGGUUACUCCCAUCAGUCAGGCUUCCUCAUCUCAGCCAACGCCAGUAGCAACUACAACUGCAGCAUCUAUCAUGCCAAGAGCUGUCCCUCAAGCUCGGAAAGCGUCUCUUGCCCGAUUCUUGGAGAAGAGAAAGGAGAGAGUGGCAACUGUUGCACCAUACCCAGCAUCGAAGAGUCCUCUAGAGAGCAGCGACGCGUUAGGCAGCGCAAGCGCUCCAAGCAAAUCAUCGUCCACGGACAUUGCCCAAACGAGCAACAAUGACGAGGAGCCCUUGUGCUACGGCCAACCCAGGAAUAUCAGCUUCAGCAGUGAGGCGUGCCUCAGCACAAGGUUACAGAUCUGAAAUCUGAGCAUCUGGACACUGUCCAUAAUAGACUCCGCGAGAACCUGCUCGCCGAUGUGAGACCGGACCACUUUCUUUUGCAUUCAGCUGAGGCAGGAGGGUAGGCAGAGGUGAAGAUGAGAUAAUUAGAUGUUGUGCUAUAAUUUUGUCGGGCUAGAGCUGUAUUUAUACGUAGUGCUGGCCUAGCCGCUAUAUAAUAGCUGCAGCAGCGCGCUGCUACCAAGAGGGUUGCGACUUGCUUGCAGGUUCCAGGCUCGUCUUGUUUUUGCCCUGAUCCAUUGUAUUAUUCAGACUGAGAAAGAGACGUGCUGCUUAUCUCCCUGCGGUGCUCCAUACUAUCUAUUGACAGAAGAUAAUAUAAAUUUAAUUUGAUUG